AGCAUGAGACGUCACCUUUGCUAACUAAGCUACCCCCAAAUGAAUCAACAAUUCAAGUGGGUGGAGUCAAACGACUAUUUGAUGGAUGUGCGGUUUCCAUUGAGUCCCCUCUUGGCCACUGGGGGUGGAGGGACAAUACAAGCAGUGUUCGGACCGUGGCCCCCACCAUGCAGCGUACCACGCUCCUGGCGGCGCCAGGCACAGUGGACCAGAAGAAGCCUCGCCAGUCGGCAUCCUCAUAGAUGAAGGGCAAGACGCGCGUCAGCAGCCGCGUGCAGUUCAGGACCACCUGGCGGUCCCUGUCGGAGGGGCAGCCGCGCUCGGCGCUCUGGACCAGUUUCUCCACCGUCUGGGCAACAGGAAGUGAUGCCAUCACAUUGUUACUGCAGUCACCUAUGACCUUCACGAGCACGCACACCGACCUUGUAGCAAAGUGUUGCCAGGUUGGAUGGAGAUUCCUCCCUCACAGCUCGGAUCUCAGCCGCCGGAACCAGGGCAAAGACAUCCUGGACCGUGGUAGAAGCGUCGGCCCAGAACUGAUCCCAAAACGUAUUGUCUGUCGCUUCCACGGGCUGACACGCACACACGCACACGCACACGCACACGCAAAUGUUGGUCACGUGCCACACUCAUGUUCGUGACUGCCACCUGUCAGUCAACACGUUGGAAAAAGUGACGUCACGUUAAGUUUGGGAGACAAACACUAAGCGUAUUAAAAAUGCCUAUCCAGCAGAAUGCCGGCAGUGUUUUCCCAGCGGCUCCGGUCGUGUUCGGCGGUCUGGGCUGCAGUCGAAGCCGCCAUCUGGAACCGUCAAGUUUAUCUCGCUGCCUAAAAUUGCGCGUGUCAAUACUACCUUUUGGCGCCGUCAGAACUUCUGACCUGGGUUCUGGUGGUGAGUUGGAUCACUGCCUUCCUGAAGUGAAGUUUGCUGUCGCUGCUUCCCAUGUUCGGUGCCGUGGUCUUCACUGGCUGGAGCCCGGUCCAGAGCUGAUGAGGCGUUCAGGGCUUGCUCGGACAUUAGAAUUACAGCUUCUCAAGUGUGUCGGCUCGUACAAGAACGUGGAAAGUUUUUUUUUUUUGUGACGUGAUGAUGUGUUAACAGAACACAUGUAGUGACACACCUUUUCUCAGUGUACUUUAUUUUAAGCUCAUCUUGAAUAUACAUAUUGAAUGAUUAUAUUUCAUAGUUUGCAACUUUAAAUAACAUAACACAACUAAAAACAACUUUUUGACUUAGCAAAGUCAUUUUUGUCUAGACAUUCUAACUAUGAAUAACCCUACUUCAUCCAAGAGAAACGUCAUGUUGAAAAUAUACUGUAUGCAUAAAUGAAAAACUUGUUGAGAAUGAGUGCAAGGUUGACCAAUUCCGACCGCCCUCGAAUGCAGCAUCGUCCAAGCAGGAACUCUGCUGGAAGACUUCCGGGAUCCCAAUGUACAUAUUUGACUUUCACACACGCCAUGACUGAGCUUCUUCUCAGCGAGCACCUUGAACGCAUCAUGUCGCCUUCAGGUUGAUGCAGUCACGUGACGGUGCCGUGCUUGCAGUGACACGUUGACCCCCUAUGGUGUGAAUGUAUACGUGUCCUCUGAUUGGUUGGAUCAGCCCAGGUGGAACCCCGCAUCUUACAGUCAGCUGGGAUAGGCUCCAGCUCACCGUGACCCUACUGAGGGGAGGCACUGUAGGAAAUUAACGAGUGAAAUGUUGUGUAGUUAUGUUGUGAGUGAUGCCUGUGUGUCCUGCUACAUCAUCUCGUCUUGGCCCUCAUCUGGCCCCGCCCCUUCCUCUCCUCCUCCGCGACCCCACCCACCUCUUCACAGGCUGCGAGGACGCCAUGGCGAGCGGGAGUGUUUUCAUCCUGGUGUUGGUGGCGCUGUCAGCAGGAGGCGCUGGCUCGGCGAGGGAAGACAGAAGACGGCGGACACUCUUCUCGUCGCUGUGGAGCUCAGGAGGGAUCUGUCGCAACGGAGGCACUUCCGUCCCGAGCCUGACGACGGGCCAGCACAUGUUCUGCUUGUGUCCCGAUGGUUUUGAAGGAACGUUCUGUGAAACAGCCACCGGCGCCGGCUGCUACGAGGGUGUCGGACUUUAUUACCGAGGCUUCCAAUCUGUGUCGGAGAGCGGCCGGACGUGUGAGGACUGGGACUUGGAGUCCAGGGAGCGCUACCUGACCUCGGACAUCAACGCCGGCAGACACAACUACUGCAGGAAUCUGCACUACAAGCGAAGGCCGUGGUGUCACGUGUGGAAGGACCAGCAGCUGCUGUGGGAAUAUUGUGACAUUCCUCGAUGCGGCGCUGGGUGGGUCAAGCCGGUGACGUCGCCUCCGCCCCCUGAGUCCACUGAGCCCCCUGAGCCAGCAGCAGCGUGGACGUGCGGCCAGCCCUCCCGAAGAAAGCAGAUGAGGAUUGUGGGCGGGGCUGUGGCCGCGGUGGAGUCGCACCCGUGGGUGGCAGCCAUCUUCUGGCGCAGCAGAUCCAAAGAGAAGGUGUUCCGCUGCGGGGGCAGUCUGAUCUCCAGCUGCUGGGUCCUCACCGCCGCCCACUGCUUCCCCGACGGUUCACAGGCUAAAGAGAACCGCUUCCGGGUCACUCUGGGCAAGAGCGCCCUGAAUGAGAGCGACGACGCCCUUGAACAAACGUUCAGGGUGGAGCAGAUCAUCGUUCAUGCCGACUUUGACAACCAAGAGGGAAAUUACGACAACGACAUCGCACUCAUCAAGCUCAAGUCCAAACGAGGUGGUUGUGCACAGGAAAGUCACGGCGUAAAGACGGUCUGCCUUCCUCCACCGGGCCAGAACCUCCCACCGGGUUUCACCUGUGAAAUCGCUGGCUUCGGCAAGGAGAAGCAUGGCUUGUGGUACCAUUCCCAGUACCUCCGUGAGGCGCGAGUGGACCUCCUCGCCGACAGCGUGUGUCGCCAAAGCGAUUACUACGGAAACAAGAUCAGCGAGAACAUGUUCUGCGCGGCUCGGCCCGACUGGAGCCAGGACGCCUGUGAGGGUGACUCGGGGGGGCCGCUGGUGUGCCAAGUGGACCGCCGCUUCUUCCUGUUUGGGGUCAUAAGUUGGGGUGAAGGCUGCGCCAAGGAGCUGCGUCCUGGCGUCUACGUCCGAGUGACCAACUACAACAGCUGGAUCCAGGACAAGACCGGCCUGACUCUCAAGUGACCACAAGGCGGCGCCAUAGCAAAAAGCUAAAUGUUCCUGUUUGCUCUUUUGUGUGUUCAAGGCUUUUCCUUGGAACUUUAAAGUCAAAUAAA